AUGGCGCAGCGGCAUAAGCUGCGGAUAUUUCUGGCUAGGCGAUUGGGUGCCAUAGAUCGUGAGUUCAUAUUAGGAAUAAGAGCACAGGUGCGUGAUUUAAGCAAGAUAAAUGUGACCUCUUUACUUCAGCGUAAUUAUUUCAGGGAGAACAUCCGCGCAGCUAUAGGAUGGCGACGAAAUCGAAGCUAUAUCCACUUGUGUCAUUACCAAGACCAGCUUGGGCACUUUUUGACAGGUCAGGUCAUCUGCCUAUACAUGGAGCUUUACAGUAUACUGAGGAUGGGCAAGCAGAGUUGUCGCAGCUGGAAUUCCCAACAAAUACUCUCAAACAAGCAUUCGCUAUAAGGGAAAAGACAAAAUGUUCUCCAAAACUUCAUCAAAUCGGCUUUUGUCAGGAUUGCAAUAUUUCAAUGCACGUGUCUAUUCCAAAGAUUGGAAAAACGUCAUAUUCUAUUUUUCAUGACCUGUUCGAUUCCGCCACAAUGGAACGGAUGUUACACAUAGAAACAAAGCUAGUGAACAUUGAUCCUGAAACAAGGAGACCAUCGCAACUUCCCUCUGCUUUUACUGAACAAUACACCGAUUUUAAGAGUGACUAUCCUGUCUUGAUAACUGAUGCUCAAGAAGAUCUUGUCCUACCAACAAACGCCUUUAAAACAUUGAUUCGCACGAGGUAUAGCGAUACGGAUCAAAAUUCGCAUGUCAAUUACUCAGAGUAUUAUAGAUUCUGCGCAGACUGUGCUUCGGAAGCGUCUCGAUCCGGGUACUAUCGUCACUAUGCCGACGACAUUUGUCGGUUUCCUGUUCUCGAGACAGAUGUUACAUUUAUUGGAGAAUCCCCAGCAUGUUCAAAUUUGGACGUGUACACUUGGCAAGACAAUGUUAACGUUCAGAUUAUUAAUUUUGCAAUCUAUCUAAAAUCUGACAGGAUAUUUCAAGCACAGUUUUUGUAUAGCUUUGAAAAAUCACCCAGAAUAAAUUCAAGAUUUUGACAAAAUCGCCAUAUUCAAAGGAUGUCGUAAAUGAGUUAUCCUAGACUAGGUAAAUAUAAUCAAUGCUGACAGAGGAGUAUUUCAACAAAAGUAAUAUGUAUAAGUUGAUAAUGAUGUUUAAAGUAUUUUUUCCAAGUAUCAAUAGAAUGUUUAUCGGAAUAUGACUAUA